AUGCCACCUGCCGGAGGCACACAGCUGGUCAUCUCGGAAAUUGACGCCGCCGAUAAUAUGCGACCUCCAGAAACUACAGUGUCUAGCGAUGUGGUGUUGGAACGAGACGAAGAAGCAAACCUCGAUGUAAAUGGCAUUAUAAGGCCGAAAAUCGUGGAGACUGCUGAGGUUAUCGACACAAACGGUUGUCCGGUGAAUCUCUGUGCCAUAAAAGAAAUUGUUACCGACGUUGUUACUGAAGCGGUUCAAGAUGUACCACCAGAAGUGAAAGAGGUAGCUUGUACUUCAUCGCUCGUCUGUGUCUCACUGGCAGGACUGUUCUUCUCCGUCGUUCUUUAUCGAUACCUUCGGCAUCUAUACUUUCCCGAACCCGAAGGGUUCUUUUGCGGGACCUUUUCAUGGUUAUUCGCCCCGUUAUUCGAUGCACUUUGCGAGAGGCAGGCUGUGGGCGGAUUCUUUCACGAAAUGAGCCGCGAAUCGUCCAUUCUGUAUGGCGAAGUGCGAGACUGUAAGUCCGGACAAGGGAUCAUCGAAAAAGGCUACAAAAUUAAGUCCUUCUUCGAGCAUUCGAACUCGGCAGUGCAUGAGCUUGUAGUGUAG